AUGUGUGUUGCAGGUGGUGCAGGUGCACAUGUGUCAAGCAGCAACUUGACUCUCCCUGUAAUAUCCAAUGAAACCCUUCAUCUGCCAAGCAACUCAGCUCCUCCUGAACUGGCAACUCAGCAGCUUAGCAACUCAGCAUCAAAGGUGCUCCCGGCUGAAUCUGGUGGUGUGACAGUUCCCACGGCUGAGACAACCGCAGAUGGAGUUGAUGUUGAGGAUGGUGUUGAGGUUUUAUCCACUCCGCAGGAACCUUUUGUAGGCAUGUCUUUUAAUACUUCUGAUGCUGCCAAAGACUAUUACAAUUCCUAUGCCUGUCAUACUGGUUUCUCUAUAAGAAUCGACACAUCCCGUGAGUCAAAGAAGGCCAAUGAAAAGACAAAGUAUAUCUAUGUUUGCCAGAAGGCUGGGGUCAACAAAAAAGAGAAGGUUGCUGAUGAUGGGCCAAUAACUGAGAAAAAGAUUGUGAGGCAAAGGCAGAGGGAUUAUGUAGACAGGACGCACUGCCCAGCUCGCAUGAUUGUGAGGAAGACAUCCCCUAGAUACUGGGAGGUUGUGAACUUUGAAAGGGAGCACAACCAUGAGCGUUUAAGAAAAUUCUCGCUCACAAAAUACUUGAAGACCCACAGAGACAUACCAGCUGAAGAGAAAGAGCUCAUCAAGUUGCUCCAUGGAUGCUGCAUCACGACAACUCGUGCUUACCAGAUAAUGGCUGAGUUGUAUGGAGGUAUUGAAAACUGUCCAUACACCGAAGUUGAUGCUAAAAAUUUGCGUGUUGAGUACCGCGCUGAAUAUAGAGGUAAAGAUGUGAAGGCGACGCUUGAGUACUUUGAAGAAUUGAAGAAGGAAGAUCCGGAAUUCUAUUAUAGUUACACUCUUGAUGAGUUUGACAGGGUUGAGAAUCUGUUUUGGGUGGAUGGUGCAGCAAGGAGAACUUAUGAGCUAUAUAGUGAUUGUUUGUCCUUUGACACUACUUAUUUGACCAAUGCCUACAACAUGUCAUGUGCUCCUUUCAUAGGGAUUGACAGGAAUGGCAUAACAAUCCAGCUGGGUUGCGGCUUUCUGAGGAAUGAGAAGACUGAGGGUUUUGUCUGGCUGUUUACUGAAUUCAAGAAAGCAAUGGGCGGCAAGGAUCCUGCAAAUAUAAUAACUGAUCAAGAUAUUGUGAUGAAGGCUGCUAUCGCAGAGGUAUUUGUCAGUUCAGUUCAUAGGAAUUGCCGUUGGCACAUUAUGGAAAAUGCUAGGAAGACAAUGGGUGCUUUCUUGGAUAGCAAGGGGGAUGGUAAGCAAGAGUUGGCGGAUGACUUCAAGGAUUGUAUUGACAAUAGCUUCACGUCGGCAGAGUUUGAGCAGAAGUGGCAGGCUUUUCUGGAUAAAUAUGAGCUCAACAAUGAUGAGAGGUUCCAACAUUUGUAUGACAUGAGACAUUGUUGGAUCCCUGCGUAUUUCAUGCAUUGUUUCUUCCCCUUCCUCCAAACAACAGCAUGGAGUGAAGGCUUCAAUGCUGUCCUGAAGCGCUAUGUCAACCCAAAGAACUCGAUACUCAACUUUGUGCAGCAAUAUAAGAAGAUACAACAAAGGAUUUUCAGCAAGCAAGAUUUGCAAGAGGCGCCACAGCCACGAAGGUCCCACGCUACUUGACGGGGCACCCUAUGGAGAAUCAGAUGAAGAAAGCGUAUACAAGGAGGUUGUUCAAUGUGUUUCUACACGAGCUGCAGCUAAGUUCGAGCUACUAUGUUGUUCGUGUUGAAGGGGAUGACUUGAUAGAUGUUGUUCCGUACAGGCGUUGCCCCGAUCUGUUGUAUGGGACACGGACAUUCAGGGUCACGUCGUCCAGGGUGGAGGGCUUGUAUAGCUGCACUUGUUGCAAGUUUGAGAGAGAUGGAGUGCUUUGCUGCCACAUAUUGAAGGUUUUUGACGCCCUUGCAGUCCGCGAGGUGCCU